GCAGUAUUACGACAGCGCAAAGGCUGCUGGAUCCCACCAAGGCGCUUGCGUCAUUCAAAACCGCGGGAAAUUUCCUAGGAAGAAAGACGUCGGAACGAAAACAAAGCCGAUUUCUGCAGGAUUCCAGCUUCAGAUCGAAAGCUCCCCCAACAUGAAGGUGCACACUCCUGAGAUUGCCUGGCACAACAGAGACCCCAUAUACAGCCUCGACUUCCAGUACCGUAACGGCACAGUCCACAAGCUCGCCUCCGCGGGGGUGGACAAGGCCAUUAGGCUGUGGGAGGUGAAGAGGGAUGAGGAGGGGCGUGGCUAUGUGGAGUUCCUCGCUAAUCUCAUCAGGCACUCACGACCAGUCAACGUGGUCCGCUUCUGCCCCACAGGUAACAUUUUGGCAUCAGCAGGAGAUGAAUCUGUAAUUUUCCUGUGGCGUCAGAAGGAACAAGAUGACGGCUGUAACCCCUUCCGAGACGAUGAGGAGGAAUCUGAGAACAAGGAGUUCUGGACCUGCUACAAGAUGCUGAGAGGUCACCUGGAGGACAUCUAUGACCUGUCGUGGUCCCGUGAUGGAACCUGUAUUGCCUCUGCCUCUGUGGACAACAGUGCCAUCCUGUGGAACAUAGAGCGGGGCGAAAAGCUUGCCAUUUUCAGCGAACACAAAAGCUUUGUCCAGGGUGUGGCGUGGGACCCAUGUAACCAGUUUGUAGCUACCCUCAGCACAGACAGGAUUUGUCGUGUUUACAACAUCAACACCAAGAAAGUAGUCCACCGGAUUUCCAAGUUUGUCACCAACAUUCCACAGCCAGAUGGUUUGUACGCCGUCUGACGUUCACGCCCGACGGAGAGCUGAUGCUCACGCCUGCAGGAUGUGUGGAGAUGGACGACAAAACUGUCAACAGCAGCUACAUCUUCACACGGACGUCCCUGUCAAAGCCUGUUGCCCAUCUUCCAGGCCCACAGAAGCCCACUGUGGCCAUACGCUGCUGUCCCGUGUACUUCGAGCUCAGAAAAGCCAAGAAUGGGGAAUCAGAUGGCGAGUUGACCAAACCGCUCUUCGAUCUCCCGUACCGUAUCGUGUUUGCCGUGGCGACAGAGGACUCAGUGCUUUUUUACGACACCCAGCAGACCAUACCGUUUGCACUGAUCUCCAACAUCCAUUACCACAGGCUGAGUGAUCUUGCUUGGUCAGAAGAUGGUAGCAUCCUGAUGAUCUCAUCUACGGAUGGCUACUGCACCUUUGUGACCUUUGACCCUGAUGAGUUGGGAACACCAUCACAGCAGCAGCCAAAGGUGGCCAAUCAGAAAACAGAGGAGACUCCCUCAGCCAAUGAAAAGCCACUUGAAAUUCAGACACCCAAUCAGAAAUCUCCAGAGCCUGUGGUUGUCAAUGGCAACCAAGAGGGAACAGCCAAUAAGCAGCAAGCUCCAGUGCCAAUGGCUAAUCCCAUCCAGGUUAGGCCAGCAGGUGGUUCUAAUGGGGCCAGGAGAAUCGCAUUUACAACCCUCAGCAGUGCUGGCACACCAAGCCAACCAGCAUCAAGUGGAACCCCAACAAGCACCCAGUCAGUGCCAGUAGCAACCAAACAGGUGGCAGAGUCAGGCUCUGGAUCAACAAACCAGGCAGCACAGCCUGCAUUAACCAAUCAGGGAGCGGCUGCAACUUCAGCUAAUCAGCUGGCCUCACCAUCUUCAGCCAAUCAGGGGACAGCACCAAGAAGAAUAGCCUUCACCACAUUGAGCUCAGGUGCAGAGAGUAAACCCAGCUCUUCAGGUUCCCAGCCUCGUCGAGUUGCCCUGACAACACUGACAACAAGCGGCAGUGCUACCAGCCAGUCUGCAGCUACAUCCACUGCAGCUGCACCACCUGUUGCACCUGAAACACCUGGAAGUGGAAAUACUGAGGUUUCUCCCAUGGAGACAGAGGUUACAAAGCCUUAGUGAUACAAAAGAAGACCGCUAUAUUGAUCACUUUUGUUUUUGUCAUAUUUAACAUAACAAUAAUCAUUGACAUUUUAUAAUUGUUGAUAGUAUACAAAAUCAUUGUAACUGCAGAAAAUGUAAAGAAAUUUGUUUUUAACAAUUGGAGCCAUUAUAAAGCAGAGAAAGUUUACAACAGAAGCUUAAGGACAGUACUCUUGGAUUGAAACACGGUACGAUAUUUUGUAUAAUCUUUUGUAUGGACUACAUUUACUAAUUAAAACUUUCCAUGUACUAAUUUACUGUAGAACUGAGAGCAAUUUGUUAGUGUAUGAUUUUCCCAUGUACAUAGGAGUGUGCUAGUGUAGAUUUGUGAUGGAAAUUUGAAGUAAACCAUGGCCUUAUCAAUA